GGGCAGGGCCGAGCACUGCGGGCAGGUACCUAUCGUGUGCCCUACUCGUUAAAGCUUGACUUUCCUGGAUGAGCCCUGUUGGAGUGAUUUCAUUGCGUGACAUCACCUUUAGAGACAGCCCUGUGCUACCUUAUUUCCAGUGGGGCAGGUUGGCUGGUUUGUUUUCCAGGUUGCCCUGCUGGACAUAGAUAUCUGUGGGCCAUCGAUUCCUAAAAUGAUGGGUCUAGAAGGAGAACAGGUUCAUCAGAGUGGAUCUGGAUGGUCUCCAGUGUAUGUUGAAGAAAACUUAGGUGUCAUGUCAGUGGGGUUCUUGCUUAGUAGUCCUGAUGAUGCUGUCAUCUGGAGAGGACCAAAAAAGAAUGGGCUGAUCAAGCAGUUUCUGCGUGAUGUGGACUGGGGUGAAGUGGAUUACCUGAUCGUGGACACGCCCCCAGGAACAUCAGAUGAGCACUUGUCCAUAGUGCAGUACCUCAGUGCCACUCACAUCGACGGUGCUGUCAUUGUCACCACCCCCCAGGAAGUGUCACUUCAGGAUGUUCGGAAGGAGAUCAACUUCUGCCGCAAAGUGAAGCUGCCCAUCAUAGGUGUUGUGGAGAACAUGAGUGGCUUUGUGUGUCCUAAGUGUAAGAAUGAAUCUCAGAUCUUUCCCCCAACUACGGGUGGUGCAGAGAAGAUGUGCCAGAACUUGAAUGUCUCCUUGCUGGGUAAAGUGCCUCUCGACCCACAGAUAGGAAAAAGUUGUGACAGAGGCCAGUCUUUCUUGGCUGAAGCACCUGAGUCUCCAGCUACGUUAUCUUACAGGAAUAUCAUUCAGAGAAUUCAGGAAUACUGUGAACAACACCAUUUGCAAGAAGAAAAGAUAAUGUAAUCUGUAAAUGGAACAAAAAUGUAGUUCAUGUUUAAUUAUAGAAAAGUAACUUAUGCCUUGAUUUAUUAAAGGAAUGUAUUCUUUUUGUAUAUUGCAAAUAAAUUCUUAAUAUAAAG